UCGCCGCGUCACCCGGCAGCUCCGCGCGCCGCGCCGGUCCGGAGUCAGCGGGGUGGCCGCCGAUCGCCUGGACGUGCUACAUACCAUCAAAGAUGGAUAGUCACCAGAUUGGAAGGCUGCUCAGAUUAGCCUGCUCCAUUUACACUGGAAGGCAGAAGAGCCUGAGAAUCUCCCUGAAGUGCCCCCACCAGGCAGCAAUGCCAGGAUGCCCGUCUCUGCCACCCUUCACCCAGAUGGCAGCCAGGAGCGGCCAUUGAGCCUGAUGUCCACCACCUCCUCUGGCUCCUCCCGUGACAGCCACAGCACCAUGGAGGAGCCCACCGGCCCUGAGGCUUCUGCCCAGAAUGGGGUGGGCUCCCCAUGUGGCCGUCAUUCCCCCAACAUCAACAACAACUCCAGCAGCUGGAUGAACGGGAAGGGGUCCCUGUCUCCAUUCAACAGCCGGGCAGCGGGACCUGUCCACAAGCUCAGCUACUUGGGCCGAGUGGUGCGGGAGAUUGUGGAAACGGAGCGCAUGUAUGUGCAGGACCUGCGCAGCAUCGUGGAGGACUACCUCUUGAAGAUCAUUGACACCCCUGGGCUGUUGAAACCAGAGCAAGUCAGUGCCCUCUUCGGGAACAUAGAGAGCAUCUAUGCGCUGAACAGCCAACUACUAAGAGACCUGGACAGCUGCAAUAGUGACCCAGUGGCUGUGGCCAGCUGCUUUGUGGAGAGGAGCCAAGAGUUUGAUAUCUACACUCAGUAUUGCAACAACUACCCAAACUCCGUGGCCGCCCUGACGGAAUGUAUGCAGGACAAGCAGCAGGCCAAGUUCUUCCGGGACCGGCAGGAGCUGCUGCAGCACUCGCUGCCCUUGGGCUCCUACCUGCUGAAGCCAGUCCAGCGCAUCCUCAAGUACCACCUGCUGCUCCAGGAAAUUGCCAAACAUUUUGAUGAGGAAGAGGAUGGCUUUGAAGUGGUGGAAGAUGCCAUCGACACCAUGACCUGUGUGGCUUGGUACAUCAAUGACAUGAAGAGGAGACAUGAGCAUGCAGUCCGGCUCCAGGAGAUUCAAUCGCUGCUCAUCAACUGGAAAGGGCCAGACCUAACCACCUAUGGGGAGCUUGUCUUAGAGGGCACGUUCCGUGUGCACCGAGUGCGAAAUGAGAGAACUUUCUUCCUGUUUGACAAAAUACUGCUCAUCACCAAGAAGCGGGGCGAUCACUUUGUCUACAAGGGUCACAUCCCGUGCUCCUCACUGAUGCUGAUCGAAAGCACCAGGGAUUCCCUGUGCUUCACCGUCACCCACUACAAGCACAGCAAGCAGCAGUACAGUAUCCAGGCCAAGUCAGCAGAGGAGAAACGAAGCUGGACUCAUCACAUCAAGAGGCUCAUCCUGGAGAAUCACCAUGCCACCAUCCCUCAGAAGGCCAAGGAAGCCAUCUUGGAAAUGGACUCCUAUUAUCCCACUCGGUACCGCUGUAGCCCAGAGAGACUGAAGAAGGCUUGGUCUUCCCAGGAUGAAGUGUCCACCCAUGUGCGGCAGGGGCGCCGGCAAUCUGAGCCUGGUCCUCUCCUGUCCAGCCGGGCAGCACUCCCCAGCAGGCAGCGAGGAUUCAUCCUGUCAGGCCUUAAGGGCCGUAGGAAGUCCGAACCAACCAGACACCUGCUGAGACAACUGAAUGAGAAAUCCAAAGCAGCAGGAAUGAAGCAUGCAGGCAGCGCCGGCGCCCUCCUGGACUUUGAGCAGGUAUCCCAUAUGCAGAGUCUACAACCAGAGGCUGAGGGGGCUGCCCCAGAGGAGGAGGAGCAGGAGGAAGAGGAGCGGCAGGAGGAAGAAGAGGAGGUGGUAGAGGAAGAGGAGGAGGAAGAAGAGGAGCAGGCUUCUCCCGCCUCUCUGGAGGACCUGGCAGGGCAUGAAGGCAGAGAGAAGGUGCCCCAGCCAGAGCCCCCAGGCUUGGAGGCAGAGGAGGAGGAGGAGGUGGAGGAGGAGAGUCUGGCAGUGGAGGAGCAGGGGAAAGAACACAGGGAGUCUGAAGGCUCCAAGAGCAGCAAAAGGCCCAGCAACCAGUCCCCAACCAGUGCUGAGAAGAGCAUGAGUUUUGAGUCGGUCUCCUCCCUUCCUGAAGUUGAGCCAGACCCUCAUCCUGGGACUGAGCAGGAGGUCCAGGAGGUCUUUGCUGCCACAGAAGGUCCCAGCACCGAGGAGUUGCCUUCAGAUCCAGAUUCUCCGGAACACCUCGACACACAGCUUAAUGCCCACCCAGCUGACAUGGUGGAUUUUGUGGUGGCUGAGAGCACUGAGGACCUUAAGGCUCUAAGCAGUGAGGAGGAGGAAGAGGAGGAAAUGGGAGCAACCCAGGAGCCUGAAAGUCUCCUGCCACCUUCCGUAUUGGACCAGGCCAGUGUCAUUGCUGAGCGGUUUGUCAACAGCUUUUCUCGGCGGAGCAGCCUGGCACUGGACGAGGGUAAGAACAGUGGCUUUGGGACGCCGCGGCUGGUUAGCCGGAGCAGCAGUGUGCUCAGCCUAGAGGGCAGUGAAAAGGGCCUGGCUCGGUGGGGCAGCACCACUGACUCCCUCAUCAACCAUCCUACCCCAGAAGUGGACAUGAGCGAGGGGGUGGCCACAGAGAGUGGCCCUUCUGUCAAUGGGACGGAGCCCCCAAACACAGCCUGUGGAGUAGAGCCUGAUAGAUCUUCCUGCAAGAAGGAAUCCGCGCUCUCCACCCGAGAUAGACUAUUACUGGACAAAAUUAAGAGCUACUAUGAAAAUGCAGAGCACCAUGAUGCAGGCUUCAGCAUCCGGCGCAGGGAGAGUCUCUCUUACAUCCCCAAAGGACUGGUGAGAAGCUCAGUGUCCAGGUUCAACAGCCUUCCCAAGCCAGAACCAAAGCCAGCAGCUCCGGUAGAGUACAAGAGACAGGGUGGCUCCCGGCCAGCAUCAUGGGUCCUGUUUGAUCUCCCAGGACCUAUGCAGGCUGGCCCAGGGGACCCAGCUCCGGUCACGGAUGCUGAGUUUCAGCCGUCUUCCGAAAUUGUGAAGAUGUGGGAGAGGAUGGAGUCUUCGCAGAGGAGCCCUCGGGUGGGGCCAGGGCAGGGCCAGGCCAACGGCUUUGAGCUGCAGGAGCCACUCUUCAUCCUGGAGGAACACGAGCUGGGAGCUAUCACAGAGGAGUCGGCCGCUGCCUCCCCAGAAAAUGCCUCACCCACCGAGAAACACAGCCCAGCCCACCUGGCCCAGGAGCUCAAAGAGCUGGUGAAAGAGCUGAGCAGUAAUGCCCAGGAAGAUGUGGUCACCCCAUUGCACCCCCGCAUUGUGCAGCUCUCCCAGGUGAUGGACAGCCAUGUGAGUGAGCGGGUCAAGAAUAAGGUCUACCAGCUGGCCCGCCAAUACAGCCUCCGGAUUAAGAACAUCAAGUCGGUAACCACCAGGCCACCACUGCAGUGGGCAAAGGAUGUUCCUGGAAGAGAUGGGACGAGCCCUACCAUCCCCUACCUGCAGGAGGAGUCUAAGGAGCCUUCACGUGGCAAAGGCAAGAGGAAGCCCAGGCUGUCCCUCAGCUAUGAGCAGCUGGUGGCCCAGGAAUACAGUCCCCCCAGGUCCUCUGCCACGGAGACAUCACCACGCCGUUUUUCCUUCAGCCCUUCUUCAGUCAGCCCGAGAACCACCUCACCUGGGCCCUGGCCCUCCACAUGGAGCCCCCUCAGUCCCUUCGACACUGAAACCUUCAACUGGCCAGAUGUUCGAGAGCUCUGCUCCAAGUACGCUUCCCACGAUGAGGCUGUCCAGGCUGGGGGCAGCUGGUCUCGUGGCCCACCAGUCAACAGGAGCCGCUCGUUACCCGAGAGCAUGGUGGAGCCUCUUCUGUCAGGCAGGGUGGGCCGCUGUCGUAGCCUGAGUACUAAGAGGGGACGGGGAGGUAGAGAGAGUUCCCAGUCCCUGGCUCCUAGGUUACCCCAAAGUGUACUGAAUGGAGGUGAAGCCCUGUAUGUCACUGCAGACCUUACCCUGGAGAACAACCAUCGGGUGAUUGUCAUGGAGAAGGGGCCUCUUCUCAGCUCCUCUGUGGGGCUGGAGGAGGAGGGCAGUGGACAGGAACAAGUCUCCCCAGGAGCCAUAGUAGAGCAGGGCCAAGAUUUCCAGGAGUUUGUAGAAUCCUGGCCAAAGGAAGAAGGGCCCAGGGACCCAGGAGACCCAAGCAAGCAGGGCAGAGUAAGAAACCUGAGAGAAAAAUUCCAGGCCUUGAACUCUGUGGGUUGACCAACUCCUGUGGGAAGGAAGGGCCUUGCUGGGAUGGGGUGGAAGCUGGCAUACCUCCCCCAGGUCUGGCUCACUUGAGCCCAGGCCAGGGCCUCACAAAGGCCAUCCCUUCUCUUCUUGGAAGGCCAUCUAUCCCUCUUGUUCUUGGAAGAGGGCUGUAGCAUGUACCCAUGGACUCAGCCUUCCACGCAUGCUAUGUGCUGGCACUGUACUUCCUUGGGGCCUGUGACAACUUUCUUCAGGCCCAGAUGAACUGUUGUUUUCCAUGGAGACCUUUGCCUCCACUUCCCUUGUAAAUAGGCCUUUCUGGUAAGGAACCAAAUAUUUAAGCUCAUAUCUGACCAGAGAGAGCAAGCGCUGCCCAGGCCUCCAGCACUGGCUGGCCAUUCCCAGUCUAAGGACCCGUGAAAGAGACCCAAGAAGUGGACUGGACAGGUUUUACUCUUAAACUGUACCUUUUCUUAGGACUCAGGUGAGAAUGAGGCCAAUAAUUUAUUGCUUUCCAUCCUGUGGGGUGUGUGUGUGUGUGUGUGUGUGUGUGUGUGUGUGUGCAAGUGUGUAUCUUCCUAUUGGUUAUCCUCCCCCUCCCCCCUCUCCACCCCUUCCCCCUUCCUGUGAAGAAUGUAAUGGACUUAGUUCAGGUACUUUUGAAAGUCGUUGCUAAUGUACAUACAUUUCAUUAUUUGUCAAUGGUGCAAUAACCACUGCUGACCAACUGACCUGUGUGUGGCCUCCUUACUGGGACCUGGCAGGGUUGUUAGUGGGCCCGGGCUGUCUCGGGGGAGGCAGGAACAGGGAAUCCCCUCUCCCCUUCACAUGCUUAUUAAUCAUUCAGGCUUAGGAAGACACAAGGGUUCUUGUGGAACAGGCAGGACCCACAGAGUGAUAAAGAGGAGACUUGUUCUCUGCUGUGUUUGUUUCCAUGCACUUCUCUGUCCACCCACGGCUGGUGUCCUACUAGGGAUUCUACAUAUCAGCCUUCUCCAAGUGAAGGGUCAAAAUUGUGCUU